AUGUCGAUCCGCAUGAAGUCCCAGCCAUCGCUCCGAACGCCCCGCGCACCUAUCCCAUUCCCGACGCAGAAGCCGAGACACCUUGUCAAGAAAGUUCGGCAACAAGCAAGCGUCCCGGAGAGCCUCACGCCGGAACGCGUUCGAGCAAGCGUGUCAAGUUUUCCUGACUCGUUCGAUCACAGUGCUGGCACUGGCUCGUUCAACUCCGUUUUCGUUGAUGCCACGCUUCAAAGCGUCAAAGGUUACGCAGCAGCUGAUUCGGCGGACGCUGUAUUGGGCCAGGGUCCUGUCACAGAAUCAAGUCCGUCCUUCGCGCUCACAGAAGACGAGAAGAACACAUGGGAGAAAUACUCACAUCUCGUGUUGAAUCACGAGAAAGAUGUUGUCAAGGAAUGGAGGGACGAAAUAGACACUUUACUGGUGUUUGCAGGUCUUUUCUCCGCGGUGCUGACUGCAUUCAAUGUCCAAUAUUACACUCAGUUACAGCCAAGCCCGACCACUCACAUAACCGUCACAUCGGGGACUAUGAACGUAUCUUUUCUAGCCGACGCUGGCACAAGCUCCGCACAAGCGCCUGCGACUACGGUGGCCAUCAAUAUUUUAUGGUUCCUCUCCCUAGUGUUCAGUCUCGCCGCUGCAUCUAUUGGCAUCAGCGCGAAACAAUGGCUCUCCCACUACGUUGUCCCGGAAACUGUAAUCGCCAUCCAACGACUUCGUAUCUGGCACCUGCGCUAUCAACGUUUCCGUGAAUGGCAUGUGCCUCAAAUCAUCGAGGCACUGCCGUUUCUUCUCCAGCUAUCACUCGCGCUAUUCCUUGUGGGUGUUGCCGUAUUAUUGUGGAGUCUGCACCUUCUCGUCGGAAUUAUAGUGACCAUCCCGACCGGCGUCUUACUGUUGUUCACAUUGGGGACAUGGAUCACACCGGCUUGGGUCCCCGGAUGUCCGUACAAAUCACCACAAGCAAGAUGGGUCUACCGUCUUUUCCGCCGUCUAUCGUGGAAUGACGGCAUCAUCCAUCGUGAAGACACAGAAGGCCGCUUGAGCUACCUUUCGAGGAUCACACAAGCCGCACCGCCGGUGAGAGACUGGCUAGCUCGCGAGGAGGAUUGGAUCCAUAGCGUAUCGGUACCGUUCGCGGUGGCAAGCACCGACGUCGCAGUCGCCGUGGACCGUGUGCUUCAAAAGGACGACUUCCUCCAGGAGGCGAUCCUGCCCGCCGUUGCGCGGGUGGACGCAGUCACCGCAUGCAACGUCGUAAAUGACGUUGUGUGCUCUAGAGCACACAUCGCGUCUCUCGCCCAGCUGUACGAUACAUCGGCCAAUGGUGCGGUAGCGUGGUUCUACGACGCGGUCAAUAUCAAGACCAUCAUGGUCCUGGGCGACCUCGCCAUGAACACCUUGCCUGCUGUGAGCAAGCACAGCUAUGAUCCGCCCGCGUUGGCGUUGGCGUACCGGCCGAACGGUCAAACACGGGUCCAAGGACUGCUUGCUUUGCUGAACCACGUUCUUCGAGCCAUUCCCGUUGGAGAACGUCAGACGCACUGUCAUCGACUCGCCGAGUGGUUUGUCCGAAAUGAGAUACACCUCUUGGACCGACGCACCUUUCCGCAAACUCAUGAAAUCGCGUUAUGGUUGAUUUCCGUGCACUGGAUGGACUUUACGCACGCAUGUCCCCAUGAGCUCAGAGCGAAGUUCCUCGACCUCGUCGUGGAAAUGUUAGAUUCGUGGAUGCAAGGCUAUCGUCGCGUCGAUAAAUCCGCGCGCUUGGAAGCCCGCGAUCUUGCUAGAGAGCAAAAAAUCUGGGAUCUAUAUGGACUCAUGUGA